CGUAACACCGCGUAUAGCAUUUAGUCAAUGUAUUGUCUUAUUUGUGCCUGAGUUGUGCGUAAAUAAAAUUUAUAUUGGUGGUGAGACGUCUUGCAACGCAACUGCAAUAUGCAAUGCUCAGAUUUCGACCUCACGUCUCAAGGUGGAAUCGUCUUACCAUAAGGUGGAAGGAUUCAGGUCGUGAGGUUUCGUGGGUUCCGGUAACCACUUAACACUAGGUAGUGCUAUCUGUGGACGCUCUAAGUGGUGGCGGCGGCGUGGACCUGGUGUCCACGCUGGUGUCGGAAGCAAACCUGGGCGCCGUGGAUAUGGUGCAAGAAGGAGAGAAUGGUGCGGGAAGUGAAAGCCUCAUCGCACCACGACGACUGCCAAAUCCAUGCUUAGAAAGUCCACAGCGUAUGGACUUGCAUAGAGAGCUGCUCUUUAAUCAGAGGAUAGGAAAGAAUGUCCUAAAUCAAAAGAGCGAAUUGGAAAAGGCGCUAUCGAAACACAAAGAGAAGCAGAUAUUGAAUCAAAUGCGGGAACAGCAACACAAGGAUGCGCCAGAAUUAGAACGCGCCCUGACAGAGCGAGCUCGGCGAUUAGAACAAGCCGAGCAGACUACAGAAGAAGUAGAGCCGGGCACAAACCCGACCCUGCAAGAGAUACGAGCGCGCUUGAGACAUGCGGCUCCUCCCGCGCACACACCGGCAGCCUCUGCACACUGAAAUUCCAAAUUUCGUCGUCUUACCUUUAGAGAAUCCUUCUGGUACUAAACUAUAUUCUAUGAACUAUGUCUUCUUAGUAAUGAAACUGGUUAGGACAGCACAUGUCUUGUUCAAAAAGUCGAUAUAAAAAAGGCCACAGAUUAAACACGAGCAGCGCCAUCUAGAUGGAUGAAUUUGAGUUAUUUGCAUCGCCAUCUAGCGCAGACUAAAAUAAUAAUACAAGGCUGCUCAGAUUUGAUUAUACACGAGGCGUGUUUGUUUAAUAUUACCAUUGAAUUGAGUGUUUGCGUUUUGUUGGUUGUAGAUGGUGUGAGUGUGAAACAUUUUGUUUGCAAAGCUUGUAUGGUAUAAAAUGUUAUUAUGAUUACUUAUAAUACUUUAUAAUAUUUGUAUAGAUACCUAAUUGUUUUUCAACGAGUAAUCACUAAAAGUGUCACAAAAAAUAUCAAUUUAUUAUGUACUUGGAUUAUUAUAGAUCUCUCAUUGGAGAGUUUCUUCGAGUUUGACGGUUUGAAAUAUGUUUUUAUUUAUUACGUUUUUCAGCUUAAUUUUUUAAAUUGAGAAUUGACAAAUACGUAAUGUUAUAGAAUCGAGCAAUGAACGACUGACGCAUCGACUGCAUGUUAACCAUAAGGGUAAUGUCGACUCCAACAAGAGUAAAAAAAAGAUAUUUUUCUAAACUUUUUAACGUCACAAAAAAAUGUAGAAGUUCACUCUAACGUUCUCACUGUACACCAAUAUUUUUAAUUACCAAAAAUUUUAAAAAUUAUAAACGAAUAGUGCAAGCCAUUGUCAAUUUGGAUAAAAACGUAUGGUAAAACCAGAUUAGACAGAUUAACCGGUAUCUGGUAUUGCCAAUGCCGAUGGGCGGUGACCAUUUACCGUCAGAAGUGAACAAAUGAAUGUUGAUUCUCUGUGAUUGCGACAAAAAAUAAUGCCAAAAAAAUUAACUCUCAAUAAAAUCAAUUGCUAGUCACAACCUAAGAUUAAAUCUUUUGUCAAUGUUAGCAGCUAUGUUCUUUGUUCUAACUUGAUACACAAUAUCAUUAUGUUCACAAAUCAAACCGAAAAUUAUCAUGUCCAUUAUUUUAUGGAGAAUUCCAGAAAACUACACACACUAUUAUUUACUGAGAUCUAAUCUCAAUUUGGCGCUUGCAAUACAGUGACCAUGAUCAUGGAUAGACAGAAGACUGCGGGUAGGAUGCCAUGAACGGAAAAAUCUGUCUACCUUCUUUCCAGUCCUUUUAUGGUGUUACCAUUAAAACUCGAUGACUCGCCCCUACCCUAUACUUUAACGGUAUCAACACUUUUUUCCGAAAAUUUUGGACUCGCAUUCUCUUUUACUAAAUGUAUAUUUACAGCGGCGACAAAAUAUAGGGGAACACAUUGCUUGUUAAAAUUGUUACAAGAACUCGUUAAAUAACAGUGUGUAUAAUAAUAACAAUAGUAUCGUAUCGUAAGGGUUGCGAAAGUUUAAAAUAAUUCAGAAAACAAAUCUGUAAUAACUAAGUCAGGUUCAGUGUGCUUACUGCGAGUUUUUUAACGUUCUCGAUAGCGUAAAAGUUAACUUAUAUUUGUAUGCAGUUAGAACAGCGCCUCUAGCGGCAAACGUAGGCAAACUUUCCAACUCCAUACAAAUUUGAGUUAACUUUUCCUCUAUCGCGAACAUUAAAAAACUCGCACUAAGCACACUGUUCACAAUUAUGAACAUGCAUCUCCUUACUUGUUACGCCUUUAACGUUGCCUAUUCAUAUAUUUUUGGCAAAUAAAAAAUAUUGGUGGAUAGCCUUCUAACUUCGACAAAUAAUUUUGAUAGUUGUUAAUACAUACAAAUACAUUUUUUUAUGAAACACCUUAUAGAACGUAGAUAGAUAUUGACAGUUAUAGAGAGUAUAUUGGAUAGAUAUUUAAACGUUUUAUUCAUAUUUUAAAAGUAGAUAUCCUAUGAAUAUUAGAGUAAAAAAAAACAAAAUCAUAGUACAUACUAAGAAAUUCUACAUAUAUAUAUUUUAAUAGUGUUAUUGUAGUGUCUGUUCACGUCUUAGAUGUUAUCGGAAAAUGUAACGCUCCUUUAAAGAUAAUACAUUUUUUGGAUCCUAUACACUUGCACUUGUAUUGUAAUGGCCUUAAACUUGAAAUACCCUUAAUAGUCGACCAGUAUGUUUGCAUUCGAAGUGUUCAAAUUCAAAGAUAGAAUAUUUUUUUAUAGAUUUUAUUCGAUGUCUAAUAAAUGAGACAGAGAUUUCACAAAUUAAUAGAUAUUAAAUGAUAUUAGGUGAAAGAUCCCAUAUAAAUUGUUAUACCUAGGUGAUGUUCUGUAGCAAGAAAAUGUCUAAGUCACAAUAUUAAAUGUAAAUGUACCUAAUUCUAUUGAGUGUUUAAACUUUAUAUUAAAAUAUCAUAAUACAUGAUAAACGUUUAUCGGAGUUUAUAAUAAAAAAUAAUAAUCACCAUAAAUAAUUUAGUAAUAGUUGUAUAGAUUACAUUUAGAAUCUCUAAAAUUCUAGUAACGUUGUCUUCUAGGAACUAUAUAAUUAUUAUAUAUUCAUUCUUACGAUAUAAAUUCUCCACUGUGCCUAUUCGCAUGUUUUUUUAUUACCUAUCGAACAUUAUCAGUAGUGGAAAGUGGAAAUGUAAAUUUUUGUUCAUCACUUUUGAUAACUUUCAAGUAUCAGAUUACUAAAAGUCAUUCCACUUGUUAUUCUUUCACUAAAUACUUCGUUUCUUUUUCUGUUAAAAUUGUUGUUAAGUUGAAUUGUAUUUUAAUUUAGUACAAAGUGGCGCCUUCGUAAUUAAGAAGGAUUGACUAUUCGAAGCUUAGGAAGCUGCCGUGGCCAUUUUAAGUUGGAUAGUUUAUGACGUAAACGUAGUUUUUAAGCGUUUCAUUCUUUGAAAGUUUGAAAAUUAAAGCUGUACGAAAAUAAUUUGCAUAGUCAAAUAAACUUGUUUUUAGCAAA